AUGAAAGUGACUACGGUGUAUACCAAAGGAUCUGGGUCUACCAUGGUCAUUAUUGCACUGUAUGUUGAUGAUUUACUUAUUUCUGGCAAUUCUUCUGAAGUCAUUGCCAAAACCAAGUCUUCUUUGUCAUCUAUGUUUAAGAUGAAAGACUUGGGCUCCAGUCGAGCAGUUCCUGGCAUGAGAGUUAAGCAGUCACCUUACCAUAUUACUGUGGAUGUUUCACGUUAUAUUUUGACGUGUUGGAGGAGUUUGUCUGACUCUGCUACCGAUGCCUCCAUGUAUCGAGUAUUAUUGAGUCCUAAGUCUAUUCAUAUGGAAGCUGCUAAGCAUACUCUUCGUUAUCUUAAGGGUACUGCUGAACUUGGUCUUGAAUAUCGAGCUCAGAAAGUCUACAAGCUUGUUGGCUAUAGUGAUGCCGAUUAUGCAUGGACAAGCAGGACCUUGUUGUCUCUUUGCAAGAUUCCUGUUCCGUUGCCAGUGACUAUGUUUGAGGACAAUCAGGGAUGUAUUGCUUUGGCUCAGAACCCAGUGUUUCAUCGUCGCACCAAGCAUAUUGAUGUUCGGUAUCAUGUUGUCCGUCACUAUAUUCGCAGGGAUUCAACAGUUUUUACAGAUCCUAGUAGUUUUGAAGAAGCUAUGUCUAGUGAAGAAGCUGAGUUUUGGCUUGAAGCCUGUGUUAUUGAAAUGUCGUCUCUUAAACGCAAUGGUACUUGGGAAUUGGUUGAUCUCCCACCUGGUCGCAAGGCUAUCAAUAGCAAAUGGGUGUUUAAAGUUAAGCGCAAAGCUGACGGUUCAAUUGAACGUUACAAAGCUCGUCUCGUGUGUAUUGGAUUUUCGCAAGUUGAAGGUAUUGAUUAUACUGAAACUUUUGCUCCCGUUGUUCGUUACGAGACUGUGAGGAUUGUUCUUGCUAUUGCUGCUCAGUUUGGGUUCCAGGUUCAUCAUAUGGAUGUCGAGACUGCAUUUCUUAAUGGUGAUCUCAAAGAAGAUAUUUAUAUGAGACAACCUAAAGGCUUUGUUGUCAAAGGCCAGGAAUCUAAAAAGAUUCAUGGUGCUCUUGUCAAACUUGGGUUUAUUCGUAAUGAAAGUGACUACGGUGUGUAUACCAAAGGAUCUGGGUCUACCAUGGUCAUUAUUGCACUGUAUGUUGAUGAUUUACUUAUUUCUGGCAAUUCUUCUGAAGUCAUUGCCAAAACCAAGUCUUUUUUGUCAUCUAUGUUUAAGAUGAAAGACUUGGGCCCAGUCGAGCAGUUCCUUGGCAUGAGAGUUAAGCAGUCACCUACCAUAUUACUGUGGAUGUUUCACGGUACUGCUGAACUUGGUCUUGAAUAUCGAGCUCAGAAAGUCUACAAGCUUGUUGGCUAUAGUGAUGCUGACUAUGCACAGGACAAGCAGGACCGUAAGUCCUUUACUGGUCCUGCAUCGUCCAGCGUCGAGUCUGAGUACAUGUCAUUGUCUGAUGCGUCUAAGGAAUGCUUCUGGAUUGACCAGUUGUUGUCCUUUGCAAGAUUCCUAUUCCGUUGCCGGGUGACUAUGUUUGAGGACAAUCAGGGAUGUAUUGCUUUGGCUCAGAACCCAGUGUUUCAUCGUCGCACCAAGCAUAUUGAUGUUCGUUAUCAUGUUGUCCGUCACUAUAUUGCAGUGGAGGGGAUUCAUCGGGAGUAUCUUGAUACUCAAGUGAUGUUGGCAGAUAUGUUUACUAAGAAUCUGUCGUUUGCCAAUCUUUGGCACAAGCGACUUGGUCACGCCAGUGUGGACGUUCUCAAGAAAUUAUCUAAGUCACUUUCUGUCAAGCCUACUCAUUUUGAGGUUGUGGAUAGUCAUAAGUGUGACGCUUGUUGUGGCAAAGCCACAGCAUUGCCAUUUAAUGGUACCACAGAAAAAGCUAGUCGUCCUUUGGAGUUAUUUGUUUCUGAUUUAAGCGGUCCUCAUGUCGCUACCCCUGUGGGUCAUCGUUAUGUCUUAACCAUUAUGGAUUAUUAUUCCAGGUACUCUUAUGUGGAGUUGUUGGUUAGGAAAAGUGAUGCAAGUCUUGCCAUUCGUAACUUUAUUGCUAGGUGUGAAUCUUAUUUUUCUGGUGAUUCUGCUGGUGAUCGAGUUGCUAUUUUCAUUCUGAUAAUGGCGGAAUACAUUUCCAAAGACCUGGGGCAGUUCUUUUUGUCUAAGGGUAUCAAGCAUACUCUUACAGUUCCUCAUACUCCUCAACAAAAUGGUGUUGCUUGGAGCGAUUGA